AUGGCUCCCCCGGCGACCCUACCUCCUUUGCCAUUCAAUCCAGCCAGACUACGCUCGUACAUUCUGCGACUUCCGCUCUUCACGCGAUUGAUAUUGUUGGUUAUCAUUGCGCUAUGGAUACUAGAGCUGCAGACUGUCUGGAGCGUGAUACAAUGGGGAUCUCUCAAGCCCGACGAGAUCAGUAUUACAAGUGGAAUGUAUCGACUGAAUACGUAUCCUUUGAUACACGCGGGCUUUGUGCAUAUGCUCCUGAACGUCUUGGCGCUGACGCCGCUACUGGAACGGUUCGAGGCUGAGCAUGGAACCUUGACUUCUGUCGCUUUGUUCCUUGGACCACUUUCAACCUUCCCUGCAGGCCUCUACAUACUUUUCGAGAGAGGUAUUCUGCAUAAGGCUACCCCAGUUGUUGGUGCAAGUGUCUGGGUUUUCUUGCUUCUAGCAUCAGAGGCCAUAAGGACAUUCAAGUCGAAUCCGUAUUUCACCAUUGGAACUUACAAAAUCCCUACUUGGACGUCGCCUCUGUUCGCCUGUAUAUUCGUUGCUAUUCUAGUUCGCAACACCAGUUUCCUCGGUCACCUUUGCGCCAUCCUUAUGGGUUAUCUGCUUGGCCUUGGAUAUCUUAAGAUUUUUGUGCCGCCUGAGAAGAUCCUCAGGUGGAUUGAAAUGAAACUGAAUCUCCUCGGAAGACUGCCCCAUUACGUCUCCGUCGACCAGAAAACAUAUGGCCGAUAUGGCGUUCUACCAACUACUGCGGCCACUACCGAGCACUCGGUGGCUAUGGGCUAUUACGGGACUACCCAGAGACUUGCGCCAGCGGCUCUCCGCAAUUUGCGGGGCAAUCCUCAGUUCAUUUUCACGCGCCUAACUCCAUUCGUGUCUCUGAUCUGUAUCGUCGUCGGAAUCAUUUGGCUCCUUCUCCUCCCGCUCGACGAGUAUUCGCGACAGACCUACAUAUCCGAGAACGCGCUGCUCCCGGGACAGGUACAUACAUACUUUGCUGGGAGCGAGCAGCAUAUAUUUCGUGGAUAUAAGAAGGAGCUCGAGGGAUUGUUGGUUGAUAGUGGACCAGAAGGAGGAAAAGGAGGGGAGACGUCGCCCGUGGUAUCGGAGAAGUUACAGUCCAUCUUUCGCGCCUCUGGCCUGAAGGUUGCGACUCAGAACUACGAAUACAAGUCCGCCGGUAUCGUGCAUAAGGGGCAGAACAUCUAUUCGAUUAUCCAUGCUCCACGCGGAGAUGCUACCGAAGCCAUCGUGCUCGUAGCUCCUUGGAGGACCGUGGAUGGUGAAUUGAAUCUAAACGGAGUUACUCUCGCUUUGACAUUGGCGAGAUACUUUAAGAGGUGGUCUCUGUGGUCGAAGGAUAUCAUAUUCGUGAUCCCCCCGGAUAGUGAAUCAGGUACCAAGGCCUGGGUUGAUGCAUACCAUGAUACGCAUCCGUCGUCUGUCCAGCCUUUGCCGUUGAAGAGUGGUGCGCUGCAAGGUGCACUGGUCAUUGAAUAUCCAUUCGAUUGGACCUUCGAAACGCUUCAUAUUGUUUAUGACGGUGUUAAUGGACAACUACCAAACCUGGAUCUCUUCAACACCGCCGUUUCAAUCGCCAGCGGACAGAUGGGCAUCGGUGCCAACCUGCAGGAGAUGUGGGAUCAUGACGACAGCUAUAAGAUGCGCCUGCAGACGAUUCUCAGAGGAAUGGUCAAACAGGGUCUUGGCUAUGCUACGGGAGCUCAUAGUAGCUUCAUGCCAUACCACAUCGAUGCCAUCACUCUCCAGACGAAAGGCCAUGGUUGGCAGGAUGAGAUGGCAUUGGGCAGGACGGUCGAGAGUCUCUGUCGGAGUCUGAACAACCUGCUGGAGCACUUGCAUCAGAGUUUCUUCUUCUACCUGCUCAUGCAGGCAAAUCGCUUCGUCAGUAUUGGAACGUAUCUUCCCAGUGCGAUGCUGAUCGCGGUCAAUUUCACUGUCAUGGCCAUUGCUCUGUGGAACCUCAGUGGAUAUCGGACAGAUAUACCUGCAUCACCUGCCACUCCUGCAGACAAGACGUCCGACUCGAAAGAGUCGAAAGAGUCGAAAGAGUCGAAAGAGUCGAAAGAGUCGCCAGAGUCCGCGAAAGGAGCUACUGGAGGGGAAAGAGAAGUAGAAGGAAUCCUGGAACGACAGCUAGCGCUACCUUUGACUUCAGUCAUCGGCCUCCAUUUCCUCGGCGUCAUCCCUCUCUACAUAUUCAACAAUCUUUCCCACCAACACUUCACCACAGCAACCUACGCAUUCGCCGGACUCAACUCAGUCCUGCCCAUUCUCAUAUCAACCCUUCUCAAAUACGCCCCCAGCUCCGUCCCUACAUCUCAGCAAUACCUCCUGAUCAAAUCAUUCUCCCUCCUCCUCUUGGGCCUUUUCCUCUCCGCCCUCGCCACCAUCAACUUCUCCCUAUCAUUCAUGAUCGGCCUCCUCUGCACCCCGCUGAGCUUCAUCGGCCGUAUCAACCCGGAAUCUACGCCCCCAGCAAUCAGAUACGCACUCACCACGAUAGGCUUUCUCGUCAUGAACCUGCUUUCUCCCCCAGCAGUCUUCAUAGCUACGUGCUGGUAUACGGGCGUUCCUGUAUCUGUUGUUCUCACGCAAGCAGCUUUCGGUUGGGAUGUGUGGGGAAUGUGGACGCAGGUCGUUGUCUGGUGUGUUUGGUGGCCUGCUUGGUUGACAGGGUGUGUGUUGUUGGGAUCUUCGGUGAUUUAG